CCGUGUGCAGAGCGGCCAGAAUCCCGCGGGGGGAGCCACGCUUGCCACGCACAGGAGCCCCACGCAGGCCUCCGGCAGCAGGUGUGGGGGCUCCGGACCCGGAAGGACCGAGGGGCAUGGACGGGAGCCGAGGGCUGCGGCUGGAGCUCUCAUUGCCGGUCGGGAAGAGGGCAGCGUGUGCCUAAGGCAGGGCCUGCAGAGGAAGGUUCCAGAGAAAGGCCUUGAUGACGUUGCGGGGGUUCCCAUGUUCGUCCCUUUUCAGAGGAAGAAGCCCUGCGAGUGCGGGGAGUGCGGACGCGUCUUCAAGCACAAGACGGACCUCACCCGCCACCGGCGCGUCCACACCGGCGAGAAGCCCUUCCGCUGCGGCCAGUGCGGGAAGGCCUUCCGCCACAGCUCCGACGUCACCAAGCACCGGCGGGUCCACACCGGGGAGAAGCCCUUCACGUGCGGCGAGUGCGGGAAGGCCUUCAACUGCGGCUCGAAUCUCCUAAAACAUCAGAAAACUCACACUGGAGAGAAGCCCUACGAGUGCAAGGAAUGCGGGAAAACCUUCGUCUACAGCUCCUGCCUCAUUCGCCACCGGAAGCGGCACCCCAGGAAGAAGCUCUGAGCGGAGCUGUACGCUCAGCACCUCCCGCCGCCGCCCCGCUGUGGUGUCCACUCUGGCUGUGGCCGCGCACCUGCUCCUUCGAGGUCGUUGGUCUGCAGGCUCUUGGCCGGCGGGUCCUGAGCCCGUGCCCACGCAGCCGCAGGAGGCCGGUGGCCCCGAGCCUGAGAGCAGUGCCUCGGCUGGCUGCGGUGACCAUCCUCGGGCUACCAGCCCUUACACUCAGCCCCUGUCCCCGGGAACUGGCCCCCCUGUGUGUCCUCCCGGCCGGCCAUCGUCCCAGAUAAGCUUCCUGGCUUACCCAGACGGGCCACGUGGGGCACAGCUCCUCGGGCCUGAGUUGCCACAUGGGUGCUUCCUGCCGGGCCCCGGGCUGGGGUCCCGGAUGCUGACGGCAUCUGUGGUCCAGCUGCACCUGCCACACGGGCCCCAGCCACCUGCUGGGUGAACUGCAGGGUGGCCUUUGACCAGGGUCCCAUCAGGAUCCAGGUUGGCCAGGGGGGCGGGGCUGGUGCUGCUGCCCAAACUCCCCUGCGGACCCUGCAGGCCUGGUUUCUGAGGCCUGAAGUCACUGUCCCUCCGGGCAAGCACCCAGGGAGCCUCAGCUCCAGUGCAGGCCUGGGUCUUGGCACUGGGGGUGCCUGUGUGGGUUCCACGCGCGGCUCCACGUGUGCCCGGUGUCCCUGCAGCCUUACCCACACGCCAUCCUGGUUCUCUGUUCCCUGUGUCUGUGCCUCUUGGUGUCCGUUUCCUCGUCGGCUUGUGCACUCGGUGCAUCGGCCUCUCCUUCCGUCCCCUGGGGAGAGGUCCGUGCCCACGGACCCCGGGCUCAGUGGCCGUGGCCGUCAGCGCUCGCACACUGGUGGCCUUGGGCUGUGGUGGUGCGGACACCAGUCUGGUGCUUCCCACUGUUGACUCAGUAACUCGUCAGAGUGGCCCCUUCACACCCUCGGAGGGCUUCUCUGCUUCCCGUGGUCGCCUGGCCUGGCGCCCAGCUGGUCUCCCAGCAGACGGUGCCACACUGGCUCCUGGUUACUCCACUGCCCUGCGCUCGGCCCGAUGCCUCCUGUCCUGGGCUGUUGGCGCCCGUUUUCUCCCGAAAUAAACAUCUGUCCUGACCCCUUC